UUCAGUUGCUCACAAAACGAAAGCGAAAUAAUGUUCUACGGUCUGAUUAAGACACCUAAUUGUUAAACGAAGCAGGACUGCUUUUUUUAAUUUGCUGAACAUAUCCGACGACCUCGGUAAUCUGUUGAACGUAAAGGUGGAUCCAAAGAAGACCAUGGAAACAGUUUCAUGCCGGAUGCCCUCCCUAAUGCAACCCUCACCAAUUUACCUGGACAUGGGCAUUCAAAGAGAUUUUGAUCCACGUAUUCUUUUGAUCUCGCCAAAACCGAUGAUAAGGAGUUCUCUUUUCUGUCUUCCAUCGAAGGAACUGAAACAGAGUGUGCUUGUCCAGAAGACACUUUCAUUGAUUUGCAAGGCAGAUGGUUCCAUUUCCUUGAUUGAUCACAUGAGAGACUUUCAGGAGGAACAGAAUAGGCAGAAAGUUCAGUGGGAGAAAUGGAACUCACAGUUCGAAAAUAUGAAACAGAGGAAACAACAACUGAUUCAUGAAAUUGAUUUUGAUUGGGAGAAAUGGAAUAUAGAGUUCAAAAAUAUUAAACAGAGGAAACAACAACAACUGUGGGAGAAAUGGAAUAUAGAGUUCAAAAAUAUGAAUCAGAGGAGACAAAAAGAACUGAAAAACGGGCUUUUCAACAAGACAAGAGACAGAGUCUCAAUGAUGAAGGAAAAAUUAGACAAGCUUAAUGAGACCUGGACUUCAAAAGGGGAGAAAUGGUUACUGAGUGAUGUAAAAGAUGCAAUCCAUGAGAUAAAAAAAGAUCUGUACAAUCUGAAUGACAUUUCAAUUUCAGAAGGGGCAUACUGGUUAUUGAGGAAGGCAAGAGACAGAGUCUCUGGAAUAAAGAAAGAGUUAUGUAAACUCAAUGACAUUCUGAUUUCAAAAAAGCACAAUAUAAGAGAUGAAGACUUUGCAAUCAUGGAAAAACUAAACAAGCUGAAUGGCAUUCUGAAUUCAGAAAGAGAAAAAUUGUUAUUUAGCAAUAUAAGAGAUGAACCCUCAGGAAUAAAGAGGGAAUUUGACAAGCUGAAUGACAUUCUGAUUUCCAAAGGGGAGAAAGUGUUACUGAGUGACAUAACAGGUGCCUUCUCUGCAAUAAAGAAAGAACUGGACAAGUUCAAUAAGAAAUUGACUUCAGAAGGCAUAUGGUUUCUGUGUGAUAUUAACAAUGAAGUCUCUGCAAUAAGAAAGGAACUGGACAAGCUGAAUAAGAUUCUGAAUUUAAAAAUGGAAAAAGUGUUAUUGAGGAAAAUGAGAGAUGGAGUCACUAGGAUGAAGAAGGAAUUCAACAAGCUGAAUGACUUUCUAAUUUCAAAAAGGAAAAUGUGGUUGCUGAGCGAUCUAAGCGAUGAAUUGACAGAGUUAAAGGAAGAGUUGGACAAGCUGAAAAAGAUUCCAAUUUCAGAAAGAAUCAGUGUGAGAUUCAAACUUAAUGCAAUAAUGGACAAACUGGACAAUCUGAAUGACUUUCUGAUUUCAGAAAGGGAGGAAUUGUUACUGAGUGAUAUAAAGAAUGCAGCCUGUGGAAUUAAAAAAGAAUUGGACAAUCUGAGCAACAGUUUAAUUUCAGAAGGAAAAAAUUUUACUCUUGAAGCCGCUGCAGUCGCUGAAGAACUAGACAAGCUGAAUGGCAUUCUGAUUACAGGAAGAGAGGAAUUGUUACUGAGUGAUAUAAAGGAUGCAGCCUGUGGAAUUAAAAAAGAAUUGGACAAGCUGAGCAACAGUUUAAUUUCAGAAGGACACAAUUUAUGGGAUGACGUCUCUCCAGUCACUGUGACACUAAUCAGGCUGAAUGUCAUUCUGAUUUCAGAAAGAGAUGAAUUGUUACUGAGUGAUAUAAAGGAUGAAGUCUAUGGAAUUGAAAAAACAUUGGACAAAAUGUAUGACAAUUUACUUUCAGAAGGUAACAGUGUAAUGGAUGAAGUCUCUGCAAUCACUAAAGGACUAAACAACCUGAAUGACAUUCUGAUUUCAAAACGAGGGGAUCCUAUCCUGAAUAAACUAAAAUCCAACUGGAGAGUGCUGGAAGAAAUGGAAGAAAGAAGAACGAAGAAACCUACAGUUGUCAUUUUUGGAUCUUGGAAUGCUUCUAACUGCAUUUCACAAAAUAUGAAAGGUUCAUCAUUCGAGAAUGAGGCUUUUGUGAAGGUCCUGAAAAACAGCAAAAUCUUAAACAGCACACUGCAGCAAGACAAUAAGAACAAGUGGAUGUUGGCUAAAGGUUCAUCAUUCGAGAAUGAGGCUUUUGUGAAGGGCCUGAAAAACAUCAAAAUCUUAAACAGCACACUGCAGCAAGACAAGAAAGACAAGUGGAUGUUGGCUAAAGGUUUACUGUUCGUGAAGAAACUGCUGGGGAAGCUGAAAAGUUUCACCACCUUUAAAAACAAAAAGCUGAAGGAAAGCAAGGAGGUGGAGAAGUGGAUUUUGGCUGAAGAUAAAACAACCAUUCUGGAAGAGCGCAUUCAUCUGGGAGGAACAGGAAAUUAUCCCAUGAAGAAAUCAAACAGCAUUGACCUUGUCAUGAACUUCUGAAGCCGCAAUAAUCAGAACAUGAUCUGAUUAUUGACAAUCUCAUCAUGGGAAUUAUCCAGCCUGAAAUUUUACUUGCCAUUUUGCUUUGUAACCGCAUGUUUCCUGCCUCAUCUCUGUGAUUUGAAAUGCAAGUUAAACAUCUCUGGCAGCUUCACAUUAAAAGCAGUUCAGCUACAUUUCAAAGUAAAGAUUAAUAUGUGAAAUUAUGCAUUCUCGUCCUUAUUGUGAGAGAAAACUGCAGUUUGUUCCAUCUGAAAAUCGAUAUGUGUAAGCAUUGAUACUGCCAGUGCACAGGGUUUGAGAUAUUUAGUUUUAAAAAUGUUAAAAUUCCUAUACUGGGGAAAAGGAUUCUCUCUCCUCUUUUUUGCUCUUACGCUGGCUGUUGGCCUUCCUCUCUUUCUCUUGGUGGAGGUUGAAUUGAAUUUAGUUUUGUUAAGUUUGACUUGUUUGCAUGGAAUGUUAUUUGCUUUUAAUAAAUUCAGUAAUUAAAAAAAUCAUUGAACUAUCUGGCUCCUCUGCCAUAUCUUAGUAUUAUUAGUCUAUUUUCAUUAUAGCCUUAUUACUUAAUUGAUUGAUGAUAUUAACAGUAGUUUUAAAGAUUUUUAAUUAAUAGUUGCCAAAUCAAAACAUGACGUAAUCAAAUAGAUUGCUUAAACAUUUAUUGAAACCUAAUUAAAAGAAGUGGCAGGAUAUUAUCAAUCAAUCAAUCAAUCAAUGAACAUUUAUUUAUAUAGCACAUAUUCAUACAAAAAAAUGUAGCUCAAAGUGCUUUACAAAAUGAAUAGAAAAAUAUUAGACAUAUGUUUUUUGCAUCAUUAAGUAAACGCAGUGUAGUCACAUAAAUACAGUAUCAUAUGUUUUAACUUCAUAUAAAUUCUGUAUUCAAUAAUCCAAAAAUAAAAAUCUUAACCUCAUUA